CCUGUCUCGAUGGGCCACUUCUUUCAAAUACGAAGAACUUUGAUGGCGGCCAAUCCAGCGACCGGGCUCACACCAGAACGUCUUCAUUGAUUCUCUUCAAUGUGUUCGCCUAGGAAGGGUUCCUUAUAGUGCCAUUGACCAUGCACUGUGGCAGCCUCCUAAGGAUAGAUACAUCAACAACCGCGUGUUGACGAUUGCCCAACCCCCUCAUCCUCUCAAGGCCGCCGGUCGAGGGUCCCUAUGACAUCCUCUGGCUCUCCGUCCCGUACCCUUUCUGGUCACGGCCAAAGUUCAGAGGCGUCUGAUGUUCUGCAGUAUCGCCAGAGCCAUGGCUCGACCCAGCGACAACAAUCAGGGUCCUCGGCCGCUUCAAGUGAAGCCGUGAGAGGGAAGAGGAGGUCAGAUGCUCUCUCUCCAAGCCGCCUGGAAACCCGCUCUUCUCAGACUUCGAGAAGUACCCGUGCCGAGAAUCGGUUCUCACAGAGGGAAGUCAGGACCCUUCCGCCAUGGAUUGACUCGCUCGAGGACCGCACGGAAGACCUGGUGGACGAAAAACCAUCCGACAGAUUGUUACCUUCUCCUUCUCGAGCACAUCCGGCACAGCAUCCUUAUACUCCGACGCAGCCAACCCGAAGAGUAUCCGAGGACGGAUUCGUUGAUACGUACGAUGACGCGUUACAUGGCGUGAGUGAGAAGAGGCCAGAUACAGGGCUCUUUGGAGUUCAUAGAGAGCCCGUGAGGGGUAGAAAGUGGGAUCAUGCCCGAGAAAGGGAUCCGGUCAUAAUGCGGCCCGACGUUCCCCCAAAUAGCUCGCCCUGGCGUUCGUAUCUCAAGUCCUCUAUGUAUGGGGGCUUGGAUGAGCCUGGUAUGCGCGUGGAUGAAGAAUUCUUGCAACAACAGACCCCCGGAUAUCAGAAACCCUGGAGGGGCGAUUUGGAAGACCACGCCGACCCCGAGUCGCUGGCGGGUCUUCUACAAAGCAAAAGGCAGAGGAAGUCUUUUCUUAAGCGUCUCCAGCAUAAUUUGUUGAUGCAUCCACUCGUGCCUCUCGUUUUCCGGAUCAUUGUCUUGACCACAUCGUGUGUCGCUCUCGGCUUGUCAGGAUCUGUCCACCAUUUGUCCCAUGAAUAUUCCUACACGCAAAACUCGUCUACAAUCAUGGCCAUUGUUGUAGAUACUAUUGCCAUCCCGUACAUUCUUUACAUUACCUGGGAUGAGUAUACGGGAAAGCCGCUAGGUCUUCGCUCUCCAAAAGCGAAGAUUCGCCUCACUCUUUUCGAUUUACUUUUCAUUAUUUUCGAGUCCGCAAAUAUAGCCUUGGCAUUCGUAGCGCUAGCCGAUGACAAUGGCAGUUGCAAAGACGGUGACACUACUGGGUAUAACAACAUAAUUUGCAAUAGAGUCAAAGCCUUGUGUGGGAUCUUGAUGGUGGCCUUGAUAGCGUGGGGUAUGACUUUCGCUGUCAGCAUCUUCAGGCUGGUUGAGCGUGUGGGUGGCCGAGAAGAGGGCGAUUGAUGAAGAAUUGGUCCUGGGUCUGAGUUUGGAUAAAGAAGUUCCAAUGCUUU